GCUGGGGGCCGGGAUUCACGGGCACGGGGACACCGCCGGGGCUGCCCUCCGCCCGGGCCUCAGUUUCCCCAGCCACUCUGCAAGACGACCUGGGGCGGCUGCAUGGAGUAGGCCGGGGCCCCGAUGCCCCCAACUCGGCCCCUUGGGACGGUUGGCAUCGGUGGCUGCGGUUUCUUUGCGCAACCCAGCAGCCUGACUUUCCUGCUGCCUGGCAUCGGGGAGAGGGCGCACUGAGGGGCCCUUAGGGAGGCGGGCAGGCACUCCCUUUAGGGUGCUUGCUAGCUGUUAGUGGGUCGGGGGCAUGGUGAGGGCUGGGGAACUCUGUUUCCUCCCCGGUCCAGGAUAGGUCUCUGGCUCUGGGGUACCCAGAGGUGCCCUCAUGCAGACCUGCCACACUGUCAGCCAGGCGGGAUUGGAGCGGCCCCCACCAUGGGCUGGGGAGCAGGAGGGAGCUGCACCCCGCGCCCACCCAUCCGCCAACAGCCCUUGUCAGAGCCCCGUGUGAUCACCGUGGUCUUCCUCGGCCUCCUGCUGGACCUCCUGGCCUUCACUCUGCUGUUGCCUCUGCUGCCAGGGCUGCUGGAGAGCCAUGGCCGCGCCCACGAUCCCCUCUACGGCUCCUGGCAACAAGGCGUGGACUGGUUUGCCGCAGCCAUCAGGAUGCCAGCGGAGAAGAGGUACAACAGUGUCCUGUUUGGAGGUCUGAUAGGCUCAGUCUUCUCCUUCCUGCAGUUCCUCUUGGCACCAGUCACGGGGGCUGUCUCAGACUGUCUCGGGAGGCGCCCGGUGAUGCUGCUGUCCCUGGGUGAUUGGGGGCAUCAGCAAGGGAAACGUCAGCCUGUCCACAGCCAUCGUGGCCGACCUGGGCUCACCUUCCGCCCGCAGCCGAGGCAUGGCAGUCAUUGGAGUGGCCUUCUCGCUGGCCUUCACGCUGGGCCCCAUGCUUGGCGCCUUCCUGCCAGCAGAGAUGGUACCCUGGCUGGCUUUGCUCUUUGCUGCCUCCGACCUGUUGUUUAUUUUCUGCUUCCUGCCGGAGACGCUGCCUGCGGAGAAGCGGGUAAGGCAUCCUCUAUCGGCCCGGGGUUCCAGGCCGCGGCAGACCUGCUCAGCCCCGUGGCCCUGCUCCGUUUCUCUGCCGUGACCCGUGGCCAGGACCCACCCGCUGGAGACGGGAUCCGUCACCUUCGCCGCCUGGGUCUGGUGUACUUCCUCUACCUCUUCCUCUUCUCGGGUCUCGAGUUCACCCUGAGCUUCCUUGCUCAUCAGCGCUUCCAGUUCAGCAGCCUGCAGCAAGGAAAGAUGUUUUUCUUCAUCGGCCUCACCAUGGCCACCGUGCAGGGCGCCUACGCCCGGAAGAUCAGCCCUGGCAGCGAGAUUGCAGCGGUGAAGCGGGCCAUCUUGCUGCUGGUGCCUGCCUUCCUCCUCAUUGGCUGGGGGCUCACGCUGCCCGCGUUGGGCCUGGGGCUGCUGCUCUACUCCUUCGCCGCUGCCGUCGUGGUGCCCUGCUUGUCCUCCGUGGUCGCUGACUAUGGUAAGGAGCCUUUCUUUGCCCGAGGCCCCCCAGGUGGGAGGAGAACAGCAAGCACCCGACGGCUUCCUCCCCCCCCUCCCCCAAAGGCUUGCCCAGGCAGAAGGGCACGAUCAUGGGCACACUCCGGAGCCUGGGUGCCCUGGCCAGGGCAGUGGGACCCAUGGUGGCUGCCUCAGUGUACUGGCUGGCUGGGGCCAGGGUCUGCUUCACGGUGUGCUCAGGCCUCUUCCUGCUCCCUUUCCUGCUCCUGCGCAACCUGGGGCCUCCAGCCCGCAUGGCACCCAAGGCCGAGUAGUGGAGCUAGCCCCGCCCCAAGCUUGGGGGGGGGGGGGACGGGACCUCUCCCCUCCCCCUGGGGCCCAGCCCUGGCCCCUGCCAGACACUCCAGCAGCUCCGUGGUACGCGCGCCUGGGCAGUCCUGCCCGUCGUGCCGGGGGCAGGGACUCCCCAACACCUUUCAGGUUUUGUGUUCACUUUUCUCUCAGACACACGGUGUCAGCCAAGCCUCCAAAUGACAAAAUAAAGCAGCUAUUUUAUACCAAGUGCCUUUCGCCAGCACACGGCUAUGCCUCACUACCCCCCACCUGGGAGACCCCCGAGCACCAGAAGCUCUUACGCCUGCACUGAGCAGAAAAGUCCAAGGCUCGUCCGGGGCCCGUGACCAUUCUGCACAACAGGGAGGACAGAAAGGGUGACACAGGGCCCGCCACGAUGGGAGCCCACACUCGCUAGGGCCUACGUGAGCUGUGCCCUGCACCCUGGCCACCCAGGGAGGAGGGAGCCCUGUGCUGGGCUCUUCCCAUCACCAUCCCACCCCUGCGCAUCUGUUCGGACUGUAGGGGCGUCAGGCUCUCGGGCCCAAGAGCAGGCUGGCACCCCGGGCAAGGCGAUUCUGGGUUCUAGGGGCCUUCCUGGUGCAGAGCAACAGUGUCCAAUCAAGAAAUAAACACUCGGGAUCUCAAGACAGACUUCUGGAAGUCCUAUCUUGAACCAAGGGGGGGGAAAAAUGCCAAACUGCUUCCGAAAUUUAGACAAGGAAACUGCUUAAAGAAUUUUAUUUGUGAGUAAAACACGUUACAGUGGAGGACAGAGGACCCAUCCUCCCAAGCCUGUAUCCAUAUAUGCGACUAGACUUCAUGUUGUAAUACAAAGAGUUAAAAUAAACUACAAAA